ACUCUGCAACAUCCGAGUCUCGGUCGUGGGUUGGUAUUCCGAAGAACGUGUGCUUGGAGGAAGUAAUGUGAGGGUGGAAUCGCCCAAUGAAAAUUCCAGCCACCCGCGGGGAAGAGGCGGCCUAGCGCGAAGUCCUUUCCGUCGCCUGGCAUGGCUCCUGCGCGCUACUGUGUUCCUGGAGAGCGGCUCUGCAGUUUGGAAGAAGGAACCCCUGGGAAUGGCACCUAUACACGUCAUGGUUCUAUCUUUGCCUCUCUGGCUGGUUGUUUCGUGAAGAAAAGUGAGAAUGGCAUGCUCCCGGUAAUUUCUGUGAUGAGAGAUGUGGAAUCUCAGCUACUGCCCGAUGUCGGAGCCAUAGUGACCUGCAAGGUUUGCAGUAUUAAUUCUCGUUUUGCUAAGGUGCAUAUUUUAUAUGUUGGUUCUACACCAUUAAAAUCCCCAUUCCGUGGAACAAUACGAGAAGAUAUCCGAGCUACAGAGAAAGACAAGAUAGAAGUUUACAAGAGUUUCCGGCCAGGAGAUAUUGUUCUGGCCAAAGUUAUCUCUUUAGGGGAUGCACAAUCAAAUUAUUUGCUGACCACAGCAGAAAAUGAGCUAGGAGUAGUAGUGGCUCACAGUGAAGCAGGUGUACAGAUGGUGCCAAUAAGCUGGUGUGAAAUGCAGUGUCCCAGUACACAUGGCAAGGAGCUGCGCAAAGUAGCCCGUGUUCAGCCUCAAUUUCUGCAGACAUAGUGAAAGAUGCAUACACCAAAGCAUACUACUGGUAGCAGGAAAGAUUAAUCCUAGGAAAAGAACCAGAGGAAGUUGAAAGAAAAAAGAAAGCAACUUCAGGAAUGUUGCAUAGCUUUUUAGUGAAGGAGAUUAUGAUUAGAACUUUUUACUUUCAAUUUGGCAACCUAAUUUUGUUUUGUAAUUCAGAAAACUUUCUACUCUGAUUUCUGCCUUCAAUUGAAGCAGCUAAACUCUGAUUUAGAAAAGCAAAAAGACAAGAAAACAAUCCAUAAAGGCUGCCUGCCUGCAUUUUCCCUUGUAAAUUACAAGUCAUUGGCCUGCCCAGGAAGUAAGCCUAAAUCAAUAUCCAUUUCUCUUGAAAUAUACUGUACUUUAAUUGUAAGCCCUUUUGAAUCUCAAGUUAUCACAGUAUCACAAAAAAAAUGGAAUAAAAACUAGGAACUUGACUGAAAAAGAUGUUAAAGCUAUAUUUUGAUUAAAUUACUGAGGCAGUCUAUACAGUGGCACUCAGUCAACCUCUGGCAUAUGAAAUUAUGCAAUGCUGCAUCUUUUGACAGUAUAUAUCAGGGGUGGCGAACCUAUGGCACGCGUGCCAGAGGCGGCACUCAGAGCCCUCUAUGGGCACGCGUGUGUUUGCCCCAGCUCUGCCUCCCCCCAUGGCCCCCUCCUCACCAGCAGCCCCCCCGGAGUUGCCCCCGGGUGCGGCCUGCGCAGAGCAGCGCAGCCAAGGACCCGGCAGCCGGGUAGCGGGAACAAGACUCUGCCCUUGCGCUCCGUCAUAAGCAGAUGAUGCAGGGUGCAGGUGGAGGGUGUGGCUACCAUGGAGCUGCUGGGCUGCCUGGGCGAUCUGCUGUGGCGGGCCGUGGAGGUGGGUGGCCCUGCAGGCAGGCGGGGGGCAGGAUGGCGGGCAGGGUGGUUUUGGGGCACUCGGUCUCUAAAAGGUUCGCCAUCACUGGUAUAUAUGAUAGUGAGAUAUGCAGAGUCCCAAAUAAUGCAUUUUUCAGCAUCCUUCUGGUGCUCAAACUUUGGAAUUGUUUCCAGAGGUGAAUGCAAUACAGAUAAUUCUUGACCAUAUUUUUAAUAAAAUCCCACAUCAAAAUGUUUUCCUCCACCUAUCCAUGUCCUUGUAUUUUCUGUACAUAUUGUAUCUUGUAUUUGACAUCAUGUGGGAUGCACAAUAUUUUUCAAAGUGUUGCAUACUGCUUUGGAGUGGCAUUUGAGGAGCCACACAAAUGAGAUUUUUUCCCCCAAUCAAGUUGCAAAAUCCAGAGUUCUUUCUCUGCUUAUCUGACAAAUAUUUUCUUAUCAACCUUAAUAAGACCUAUUCUUGCCUUUCAUGUUGAGCUUUUUUUUUUGCUUCCUCUAUCCAGUUGUCCCCUUUUCUGUUCCCAAUAGAGCUACCCAUGUAUAAAUUACUUUAUAGUAAAUGGCUUUUAAUUAGUAAUUAUUCAAUUA